UCCUUUUUGUCACCCAUAAAUCCCUUUCACUGCGACCUGCUCGGCCUUCGCUACUACUUGCCGUGUUAUAUUUAGACCCGUGUUUAAUAAGUGUGUUUCAGCUGCUAAAGGGAAAUAGAAUUAAAUGCUGAGUAGUUAAGAUUUGGACGGAGACUCUGGUAGUUACGUAGCGUUGAGAGAAGACAACAAUAUGUAGGAGUGGUAAUCAUUACGAUAUGGAUUCCACGUCUAAGACUCGCAGGCGACAAAUGGCUCGAAUAUUUUAUUGAUAAAUUUCAAAAUAUUUUGCCGUUUUGCUUUCAGUGUUUAAAUUAGUUCGUAUAGGAUAUUUCGAAUGGGUAAUGGCAAGACGGCAAUGACUUCUUUAGGGCUGCGCUACCACUUUGGCAUGGUGUAAGGAGAAAUUUCCAUGCAUCUGAACUGUUAAAUAAAAUCGGCAUCGGACCUAAGAGGAAAGUGACGAAGAGUGGGAGAGAUGGAACAGCCAGCCGAUAUUCCGGAAAUCCUGUGGUUUGAGGAGGAGAACGACUUGAUCCGUAGCUGUGCCGUGCUGUCCUCGGCACUCGGACUCCAGAAGAGUUUCAGCACGAGCGACAUCAGUCAGCUGCCAUCGCCUGACGAGACGCCGCAUCAACCGCCCCCACGAUGUGCCGUCUCCGAGUUGGCCCUCAACUCUGUGCAGAGGUCGGGGUACCUGCUGGACCACCCUCGGCUCGACCACGCCUCUCGCUCCUGCUCCACCUGGGUGGCUGUUGGAGAUGUGGCCUCCACUUCGCAACUGCCGUCACCCCACGGGGGACAUAACACGACGGCGCCUAUCGUCAGCACACCCCCUUCUUUUACCGCUGCUGAUCUUAUCAGAUCCGUCAACAAGAAGGUGCGUCAGACUUACAUCCGGCGUCGUCUCCUCACGACAUACAAGGCUUUGGAACGGUUGUCACAGAGCGAAUUUAACCUAGACCGACUUGAAGUCACAGCUGCCACAGCUGCAGCAACUGUCAACAGUACCAGCAACCCUGCUGGAGGCUUAACAACUACUGCUGUUGGUUCUGGCGCAACUCACCUCACAGUUCCUGGUUCUACUCCCAACACAAGUACUUCAAUUCCAACUUCUGCUACCAGCGCCGCAGUGCUUCGUGUUGUGAAGCAAAGAGCGAACAAGAACCUCCCGUUGACAAUUAGAGAUGUUGAAAGGGAGAGAGGGAAGCCUCUGUCUAAGUAUGAGCGCAACAUGAUGAUCUUUAACUGGCUUCACACGCUAGACGACUCGUCCUUUGAAGGUCUUCAGUGAUUCGACGGACUUGGAAGUGACAGACGCUACGUCGCUUUAAAGUAGAUCAUCUGGUAAGGGAGCGACAGAUCGGCAUUUAAUCUGAAGGAGACGUCGUUUUAAAGAAUUCUUGUAUCUAAUUUCUCAGGCAUAAAUGGCGUUAGUGAAGAUAUUUUGUUGAGUGUUCCAGAACCUAAAUGUGAUAAAUUAUUUGUUUCUGGUUUUGCCCUAAAUCUGAAACAAAUAUAUGCUCUAUAUGUUGCAUGUAUUUAUUUGUUAUGUUUUUAUGGAAUGAAGAUCAUUUGAGAGAAAGUUUCAGUCGGCCUGUACAGAAAAUUUGUACAAAUUGAGGGGGCAGGGAAGAUGAUGAUAAUCAGCUGAUCAACAAAUUCCUUCCUGAUAUAGUCCAUAUAAGAGAGAUGAACUUUCUUUUAACUCUUGUUUACGUCUAGGAUUUAAAUAAGUAAUUAGUUGUAACAUGUUACCAUGUGAAAUGUCACAACAAAUAGAAUGAAUAUAAGAAUAGAAAAUUAGGCCUAUUAAUGUUUUCCAACUACAGAAAUCGAUGUUCUGAUGUUCUAGAUGUAUUAGUCUGUUUUCACGUCUCGAAACGUGCAAUUUCCGUGUUUCUCGAACUCUUACGAUUUAUUCUGUUGGUGGAAAUUUGCGUUUAAAUAAUCCGAGCUAACGUCCCGCAAAUAGAAGGUGUUGUGAAAAUCGAUUAGUUCAGAGAAAAGCGUAAGGAAAUACAGCAAAUAUUACAUACAUUGCUAUUUUUCUCUCAAAACACUAGUUUCAGGGGGCAGUUCUGUUAUGUAAAGUGAACCAACACACACUCCCGCCUUAUUUUUUUUAACUAUUUUAUUCACAGUAACUGUGAAGUGAGUUUACAUCGCCUGAGAAUGCGCCACCAUGCUUUAAUGCCCUCAGACAUCACGUUAGUAAUUUUCCAUUUGUUGAAGUGAUUACGUCUGGGUCCAGAAGUUCAGAUUGUCCCACAAAAAUAUACCAAACUUCAGGUGA